CAAUGGCACAAGAAACGACGCCGCUUACAAUAGCCACACUCACAACCCCAAACAUUGCCACCUGCCUGGCCGCCCAUAACGGCCUCCUCUACUCCGGCGCCACCAACCAAAUCGCCGUCUUCGAUAUAACCAACGACUUCACUCAAAUCGAUACUCUUUGCGUAAACGAUGCUGCUUCCGGGUCCGUUAAAUCCAUCGCAUUUGGGCCUUGGAAAAUCUUCACGGCCCAUCAGGACUGCAAGAUCAGAGUAUGGAAGAUCACGCGCUCGGGCGGACCGCCACGUCACCGGCUUCUGGCUACUCUCCCCACCGUUAAAGACCGGCUGUACCGGUUUAUCUCGCCGGGGAAUUAUGUUCAUGUACGACGCCACCGUAAGCGGCUGUGGAUUGAGCAUUGGGAUGCGGUUUCUGGGGUGGUGGUUAAUGGGGGAUUCGUGUACUCCGUUUCAUGGGAUCGGAGUUUUAAGGUUUGGAGUGCUUCUGACCAUAAGUGUUUGUUGUCAGUCAAAGCUCACGAGGAUGCGGUCAACGCUGUUGCUGUAGGGCCGAACGGCGUCGUUUACACUGGCUCUGCUGAUGGGGUUAUCGGAGUUUGGGAGGUUAGGGAGGGGAAGAAGAAGAAGAAGAAGAAGAAGAAGUAUACGUUGGUUAGGACUUUGCACAACCACAAAUCCACGGUAAACGCGAUCGCGCUAAACGAGGGAGGUUGGGCAAUGUUUUCGGGGAGCAGUGAUCGUUCGAUAAUGGUGUGGAAGAAAGAAGAUGGUGGGAAGAAGAUUUCGUUUGUGGAGGAUUUAUGGGGUCAUCAAGGGGCUGUAUUGUGCUUGUAUACUUUUCGAGACUUGUUAGUUAGUGGGUCGGAAGAUAGGACGCUGAGGAUUUGGAGAGGUGAGGUCACAAAUGGUUUCGUAUGUACGAGUGUGAUGGAUGGACACAGGUCGCCGGUGAAGUCGUUGGUUUUGGUUUCCGUCGAAGAUGGUGAACGGAGUUUUAUGAUCUGUAGUGCCAGCCUGGAUGGAGAAAUACGAGUUUGGAGUUCCAAGCUUUGAUUGAUGCUGCAAAUUAUGCUUAGAACUAUUUUUCCACAUUUACAAA